AUAAAUGAUGACAGAAUUUUCAUUUGAUUCUUUAUUGCAGAAAGCAAGCUGUGCUGCAGCAAAGCCUCCCCUGACAGACAGUCUUCUGGGGUACGAGUAUGAGGGUCAAGACACCCCUGCUGGCUCUGUUGGUUGUUGCAGCCUCCUUGAGUCUGACAAUGACCUGGAGUUCCUUAACAACCUUGGGUCAAAGUUCCUUACAUUAGCGGACAUAUGCCGUCCUCCAAAGCCUCCCAAAACUGAGCAAGUAGUCAAAUCGGUUGAAACCAGCUACAAAAGCGAGAGCACCAGCACUAGCACCAUCCAGGUUACCAAAACCACUCCACCUCCACAACAGGUACAGCAAAGCUCUGUUACCAAAGUCGAGACGGUUAAUAAAUCAGCCACACUUCCAAGUGCCAAAGCAAGCCAGACACUUUUCGUGCAACAGCAGCCUCUAUUCUACCUGGUGGAGCAGCAAAUGCCAAACACAGUUUUUGUUGAGAGCCCUACUCAGGGUUUGUAUGUAAUAAAUGGCAACCCUGGGACGGAAGGUUUGAUACUGCAAGGCAGAAACGUUUCACAGGCGACGCUAAGCAGAGGACAGCAGGCAAUGUAUGUGAUAAAUGGAGCCCCUGUGGCUGCUCAUAAGCCGAUUCAGUUGCAAACGGAAGUACAGGAACAGGAGGCAGUGCUGGGAUUUAGCCCCGUCUCAUCUCCCAUUGGAGCGCCUGGAGGUGUACUGCUAAUGCAGACACAUUUUCCUGAGAAAGCAGUAGAAAAGGAAACUGGAAGACCACCAUUGCUGCUUGCUGAUGUUCCAGCACUGGCCAAAAAACAUAAAAAGAAAACACCAUCUGAGUCGUUAGGUACCAAAGUAGUGAAGGCUGAACUAAAAGAUACUGUGUCAUCUAAAUAGAUAAGAGAAGAUCCAAUAAGACAAGCACCCAUGACACAGUCCAAAAUUAAGCCUGAUUUGAGAAAAAACGGGUCAAGUUGGAGUAUAGUGCUGUGACUAUAAAUGUUUUGCCAUAUUUUACAAAAAAAAUGAUUAGAUAGAUAGAUAGAUAGAUAGAUAGAUAGAUAGAUAGAUAGAUAGAUAGUGAGAUGCUUCCUCUAGAGUUCAUUUCUCUAGUGAAGUAACAUACUGUGGAUACUAAAUGACUUGCCUGAGGUAGAUAUAAUGCUACGUUAAAUAUUAUUCUCAAGCUGUUGUCUUUCUGCAGUUGAAACACUAGUUGAGAGAUUACAUGUAAACAUAUCUAUGCACAGAUUGUUUUCUUCUUCUGCGCUUUUUCCUGUGGUGGCGGUUAGCAAACAGCGUUGCAUUACUACGUACACACCCUUCUGGAUUGGAGUGUGGAUCGCCUGUGUCGACUGUUUUUGUCGUCUGAAUGUAUGGACCGAACCGUGACGCCCAUACCAUGACGAUUCAGGAUGAGUACAUGUUCCGUUACACCCCUGAUGAUAGAUAGAUGAUAGAUAGAUUGAUAGAUAGAUAGAAUUUCUUGCGCUGUUCAGUCCGUCAGAGAAGGGUGUGUCUAUGCAGACACCAUCUGGACCAUUUGGCCUUGAGGUUCUUCAGCAUUCACACUGACACACAUGUGGCCAGAUGUUCUGACAGCUGAAGGAGGAAUAAUUUGAGGGAGAGUGAACAGUAAAGAACACUGUGUGAGCUAAGUGUUACAGAUGGAGAUGGCCCGUGGGAAGAAACUGUAAAAUAAGCAUAGGAAAGUAAGAAAUCCAGGCACAUUAAUGCUCACCCAGGAAGUGAGGGUUUGAAUUUGUUUAAAAAAAAAAAAAAAAAAAAAAAAAAACAUUUUUAUGCAAAUAUUAAGGAAACAUUCCAUUUUAUCAUUCUUCAAACAUUAUGGGAACGUAACUUUUGAAAGUUUUCUGAAAAAAGUUUAAAGAAUGUUAGACGUCCAACAAACAUCCAACUUAGGAGAAAACUUUCCAUGGAUGAUGUAUAAAUAAUGUUUUUGUGCUAACAUUUUGAGAACAUUUUUAAAGACUAGAUAACUUUAAAUGAACCUUCUAUUAAUGUUACUGGAAUAAUGUUUGUUAAUAAUGUUGGGAGAACCUUGCCAGAAUGUUCUGAAAGUGUUCCAGGUUAGCUGGGGUGUCUUCCUGACAUUCUCACAAUCAUUUCUUCUUAUUUCUCUAUUUUUUUUUUAACCAUCAAUAAAAUGGCAAAGGGCCAAAAAACUUUUCGUAAAAUUAAGAAAAAAAAAAUGCUAUAUAACAUUUGCCAAUAAUUGAUCAAUUUUUUUCCUCUUUUUUUUUUUUACUUCCAAAUGUGUUUUUACACAGUGACUCAUCUAUUUUCUUGUUUACUGGUGAUUCUGGUGAUCCAGUGGUGAUUUUUUUUUUUUUCUGCAUGAAUUAAUGAAAAUCUUUUAUUAGGGGGAUUUCAGACAAUAAUCUUUAAUAAAGUCCUUUAAUGCUC